AACCUUUCUGAUUGGCUCCUGACAGCUAUAAAAAGCUCCAACCUGAGCUUCAAAACAAAUUAGAGUUCACAAUGCUCGUGAAGUGGUCUUCGGUAAUCAAAAUCAAUAUUUUUCUCCUAAAAUGGGUGGGAUUAUGGCCAGGAGAGAAGUAUCAAUUAAAUGUGUAUUCUUUCUAUGCCUUCACUGUUAUCAUAUUGAUACUUUGUGGUCAAACAUUAUCUACAGGCUUGACUUUAAUUUUGGGCUCAGGCGAUGUUGACACUUUUACAGAAACAUUAUUUGUGGUAAAUAUUGAAUUUAUGACAGCGUGGAAAGCGUUAAAUUUUGCAUUAAAUCGAAAAAAGUUUAUCCAGUUACUUAAUGCAAUUGAUAAGCCAAUGUUUCAACCCCGAAACGAUAAACAAGUAACUUUGGUUUUGCGUAAUAUUGAUGGAUGGAGAGUGAUGUUUAAGAUGUUUGCAAUAUCUCUUGCACUGUCUCUGAUUUUUACCGGUUUAUUACCGAUUUUUACCAAAACGUACAAACAGCGAAAAUUUCCAUACGAAGCUUGGUAUCCUUUUGAUUCAUCGAAAUUUCCUAUUUACCAAUUAUGCUACAUGUACCAAAUGGCAUCUGCUUCAACUUUAGUUGUGGUUAUUCUUAAUGUGGAUACGCUAGUUGCUGCCAUGAAUAUUUGUAUUGGGCUCCAGUGUGAUUUGUUGUGUGAUAACUUGAGAAACCUUCACUUUGAUACAUCAAAAAGCAUGAAUCAAAAAUUAAUCGAGUGUAUUAAACAUCAUAAAAGUAUUAUAAGUUUUGCUGAAAAAUUUAGACAAGCCUUUAACUGGUCAAUAUUUUUACAAUUUUUCAUAAGUUCGACUUCUCUAGCAAUUGUGAUGUUUAAGAUAAGUAGGACCACAAAUUAUGGUUCUGAAUAUUAUCGCUUCAUAUCGUUCGCUUGUAGUGUUCUAGUGCAAGUUUUCAUCUAUUGCUGGUUUGGAAACGAAGUGAUAGUUAAGAGUGAAAAAAUUCCAUACGCUCUAUUUGAAUGUGAUUGGACUCCAGAACCAUUGGAGGUGAAAAGGAGCAUGAUUAUCUUUAUUAUAAGAACACAAAGAAUAUUAAAAAUCACCGUUUCUUACAUGUUUGAUCUCUCACUACCAACGUUCUUAAGUAUUUUGAAAACUGGAUGGUCCUACUUUGCUUUUAUGAACCAGGUCACCGAAGUCAACACAUCAAAGUAAAAAAAAAGAAAAUUCAUAGUUAAUAUCUCUUUCAAAACUAUAAAAACAACUGUCACCUUACACGGUUGGUUUUCUUGACAUUAAAGUCACUGGAUUGAGUUUUAAUUAGUGACCUAUUAUCUUAAAAAAUGUAAGAGCGCUAUUUUUCUAUGGUUUUGAAGUUAUAAAAAUGUGUUUUUAGACACUUUCGCUCUAAGAAUGCCCACAAUAAUUAUUAUCCAGUUAGUAGUUUAAAGUGUAUGUGUAAAUCAUCUAGUUAAAUAAACCAUAA